AUUGCCAUGACAUUGCUAUGUGUUGGCCGUUUUGAGUUUGUUGCUAUGUGGUUGCUAGGGUGCCGAGUGGUGGUUCAGCAGUUGUAUUUUGCAAACAGUGCAAAAGAAAAUGUAGUAACACCUCUUUGGAGCAGCGUGAAAGAGGAGAAGAAAAGUUUAAGACAGAAAUCAGCACACCCCCCUAAAACACACGAGUGUACCAUCCUCUCUCUGAGCUCCGCCCCUCUCCGUCCUCCGGCUGAUAUAAGGACUCCCACAUCGACUCCAAACACUGUGAGAGGGAGAAAACCAGAGGUCACACUGAUAAGAGAAAGGAAAAAAAGAGGCCGCUGGCAUAUCUGAGAGGAUCAACAGAGAGACAAAUCAGAGAAGAGUUGAGGAGAGAGGAAGAAAGCUGCCUGGAGGACGCCACGUGUGUGAGUGUGAGUGUGUGCUUAUGUAUGUUGAGACAGGCAAAGGAAGAUUCCAGGGAUAUUUGUGAGACUGACAGAGGACGAAAGUACAUCAUGGAUCCCUCAAGUCCCUCAGAGGGCCCCGUGGAACCCAAAGAAAGGAGGAAAAUCCAGUUCGCCGUCCCACCAACAGAACCAACUCAGCUGGACCCUCGGCAGGUUGAGAUGAUUCGACGACGAAGACCCACACCUGCCACUUUGUUCAGAGUAGCAGACCAAACAUCUCCUGAGGAUGACAUCUCCACCCAUCAGUGGGUUGUAGGAGAAAAUGGUGUCCUCAAGCCAAAACGAAUCAAUCCAAAUAUCUACCAGCCCCCAUCAUUAAAAGAUUCACAGGUGCAAAGGGGUAUGGCAGAACACCAGCCCGGCAUGAGAAAGGCAGGAGCCACGGCACCAACCGAUGAAGAAGAGGAGGAGGAGGAGGAGGAGGAGGAAGUAGAAGCAGAAACUAUGGCAGAGGAUGAGUGCAGAAAUGUGGACUGACAAAGUUUGAGGAACUUUAGAGAUUUUUUCAAAAUGCAGAACCUGGUUUGGAGAUCAGAAUUACUGUUUAUUGUUAACUGUCUGUCCAUAAUUCCAUCACUUGAUAAAAACGGCUGUCUUUAGUAAUCAGAGACAAAAAGAGACUUAAAAUAAACUCUGAAAGACUGGAAUUUUAAAGUGGUCCAAAGAUGAAUUCACCCCGACAUUGCCACGAAAUAGAUAUACAUAAAGUUAAAUCCAUCAGCAGUAAUCUAAUAUCAUCCCUGCAUACAAUCGAACAACAAAAAGAUAAAGUACAAAUGUUUAGUUCUAUGAGCAGCGCAGUAUGAAUGUAAAGUGUUGAGAAAUGUGUCAUGUUUCUGUGUGUGUGUGUGUGUGUGUGUUUUAAGUUGCAGUGUGUUCUGCGAUCAGUGUGUUUCUUUGGGCCUACACUGCCAUCUGGAGUACAGAGAAUUAUUAUACUGAUUCCCAUGAAAUCAUUUGCCAAAAACAAUAAUCCCAGAGCACAUGGAAAGGCUCAAUAUCUAAGUAUUUAGCAGCAUUAAUAUUUGUUAAACCAUCUGCAACAUCCUAGCAUUUGGUCUGCACUUCGAACUGGAGAGAAUUUAGCAGAAACAACAAAAAAAUAAUGUUUAGAAUUACAGAUAUAAUUAUAUUUGAAUAUUUAUACAUGAAAAAAGAAAUAAUUACAAAUAUCUAAAUUCACCGUUGAUAGGUGUGGCAAAAAGUACUUCUAAAAAAACAAUAUUAUUAUAUCAGUUAUAUCGGUAUUCCAAUAAAGGCGGUUUUGUUUUUACAUGGAGUGGACCGUGUUGAUAUCACAAAAACUAUUUUGCUUUAUCUCACUGUUUUGGGAGAUCAUGCAACUAAUCGUGGCUGACUGUGAAUAACACAUUCCUGCAGUGUUGACUUUGUGAUACAUUUGUGGUUUGUCAAUGACAUUGUGAUCAAAGCUGCUAUAAACAUCUUUUUUUUUGCAUACAGAAUAGAAUUUGCAUCUCUUGAUAUGACUGUAUUUGGUUACAGAUAACUAAAAAACCUCCAAAUUCAGUGCCUCGGGGUGAAAGUUCAGUGCUCAUGUACAUCAGAAAGACAUUAAUGAUUUCAGCCGAUCACUGUAGUUAACAACCUGCAUUAAUAUUAGCUGGGUAACUUAUUACUUCUCCUAGGUUUUAAGUCUCUUCCUUAGCAAAAAUCUUUUAAGGGAAAAAUUUUGAACUAUUUUUUAAAAAUGAUUGAGGAUGGUUUAAAAUGAAAAGCCAACAGCCACGUGUUGCUUUUUUAAAGAAAUCGUACUGCUUUAUAUUGAAAAUAAUCAAAUUUGUAUGCAUAUAUAUUUCUCCAGAGCUCGUGCAGGUAUGUGUUGUUGAUUUUGAUUUAUGUACAUUAGAAAAUCGGAGAAAAAGAACUAUGGAAGUGUUUUAGGUUAAAGUCUCUGUAUCAAUAAACAUAUUUGCACUGAAUUAAA